AUUUGGAGGCUGGAUAUUGAGGCCACAGACUUGGGCAGUGGAGGAGGGAGGGAGGGGGGGAGAGAGAAUAACAGCGGGCCCCUCGGUUAGAAUUUCCUGUUGCCGCUGCCUUUUAAUGCUAAACAGAUCAGUCCUUUCCCCAAAUUCAUCCAGGGAGCUCCUGGCUCCUGUCAACUGCUUUGCUGCCAGACAGACUGAGCGAGGAGCGGGGAGACGGGGAGCAGCGCUCCGGGGAGUUGCCGAGCUGGUCUGCAGCCCAAGCAUUUCCAGGAUCAGAGUGGCUGGUGAGGCUGCCAGCACUGCUUACAUCAAUGGAUGCCCCGAAGGCAGAGACCAGCCUCAUCACCAACAGCAUACAAGCAUACAUGCACAUCACCUCAAACCCCGAGAAGGCGGCCCUGUACUUCAUCACGGGCGUGUGUUUCGGGCUGAUCCUGACGCUCUGCCUGCUGGUGAUCCGCAUCUCCUGCCACGCACGCACGGAGACUGCCGGCCCCGCCAGCAAGAGGGCGGAGGAGGGGAGCGAGGAUGAGGAUGAGGACGAGGACGAGGAGGAGGACGAGGAGGAGGAGGCGGUGGUCAACAAUGGGGGGUCGCCCACGGCAACAGACUUGGGCCAGGUCAACAACGGGCAGGCCGGCCACGCCAGCCCAGGGGUGAACGUCUUCACGUCCGCCGAGGAGCUGGAGCGGGCACAGCUGCUGGAGGAGAGGGAGCGCAUCAUCCGCGAGAUCUGGCGCAGCGGGCAGCCCGAUGUCCUGGGCAGCGGCUGGCACCAGUUCGAGAUGGAGAUGCUGCCCAACGGAGGGCAAAGGGAGCAUCGAACCUGGAGCCCAAACUCCCAUGGGAAGUACUAAAUACCAAGGAGGAAAGAUACUGCUGGUUGAGAAACAAAAAUAAAACUAAUUAUAUGAUUUAGUUCGGGACAUAUGGAGAACACAUAACCAAAGAUGAGUAGUUGAAGCAUUUGCACCAAGAGUAUGGGAUUACCCGUAUCAAAAACACAGUGGAAGGAAAGUAUUACUAAGUAAUUGGAUCAGGCUCAAGGAUUCUCUUGGCCUUGCAAGGAGCUGCUGCUGAGUUAUUAACGGCACUGCCAUUACUUAUAGGCAACUGAGGACCAUUCCACAGGGAGACGUGUUGAAGAAUCAAUGCAUUCUCGAAGAAAUUCCAAUCCUGUUUGAAACCCCUGACUUCAGACGCCAACAAUCCCAAUGGGUUUCAGGGAGGAAAAUUAUCCGAUUGCUGACCAGACCUUCUCCGAUUCAUCCUGCCUCGGAAUGGCCAUCGAUUCGAGAGGCAAUGUUAAUCACCUUCCUUGCACCUCAUGAAUCACACCGAGACUGGGACCACAUCAAUUGUCUUCAGACCAAUAUCUUUUGUAUAUUCAAAAACAAUAUUUUCUGUCGAGCUCUUAACAGCUUGAUGUUUUAGGCGGGAGAACUUUUGCAAUGACCUGGAUUAGUUUCCAGAGACUUAUUGUUAGGUGCUAGAAUUCUUUAAGAAUUGCACUUGAAGAAGUGAACAUGGUACUGCUUCAUAGCUUUGCCCAUAAAUGGGACCAACGUGUUAUAUGUUGCUUACCUGUAUAGUCCAGUAUCUUACUUGGUGACAUUUCUAUAUGUGUGUUGCCAAUAUAGUCAAUGCUUUACAUGUGAUUGUGAGUUAAAUGUGACCAACUUACAAAGAUGAAAUUGCCAUAUUAGAAGUGCCUUUUUAAUGAUCGCUGUGUGUUGUAGGCAAAAGAUGCCUCACUUCACAUUUUAUUUCAAUGGUCAGUAGCAGAGUUAGAACAUGUAUCCAGUGGAUCAAAUUCAUAUUCCUUGCUUUGUGCCCUAUAAUACAUUCAGUGUGUGAGAGAGAAUGAUAGCGAGUAAGAGGGUGGCACGGUGGCGCAGCGGCAGUUGCUGCCUUACAGCGCCAGAGAUGCGGGUUCGAUCCUAUGGGUGCAGUCUGUACGGAGUUUGUAUUGUCUCCCCGUGACCUGUGUGGGUUUUCUCCAGACGCUCCAGUUUUCUCCCACACAGCAAAGACAUAGAGGUUUGUAGGUUAAUUGGCUUUGGUAAAACUGUAAAUUGUCCCUAGAGUGUGUAUCUGGUGAAGUAGCUGUGUUACUCAGUGUUACUGACGAGACUGCUGACUGAGGUUGUUACUCAUGAAGCCGAGUUCAGACUAGUUCCAAACAGGUGGCUGGUGACCCACUUUCACAAUGAACCAACUCAGGGUACUUGGCCGGGGGAAUGGAAGAGAAACUCUCACCUGAUCAAUGCACUUCCAGUAAAGUCACUCUCCUCAUGUGAAACAACAGAAAUAACAGUUGCAACAUGCCCACCUCAUGUUGAUUUAACAACCGUUCCAGGCUUGUUUUUGGGUCUGGGUUUCAGAGGUCAGUCACAACGCUGGGACAGCUCGAACAAACAGUAAACCAAAUCUGUUAUUUGCAAAGGAGAUGAAUUUUAUGUUAAAUCUGCCCAUUACAUGUGCGGCGCAGUGGGUGGGUAGAGCUGCUGCCUCACAGUGCCGGAGACACUGUGGUUCGAUCCUGACCUCAGGUGCUGUGUGUGGAGUUUGUCUGUACACAUGAGUUUCCUUUUGAUGCUUCAGUUUUCUCCCCUAUCCCAAAGUUGGGGUCCCAAAUCUCAAAGAGUUUGUAGGUUAAUUGGCCUCUGUAAACUGCCUCUAAUGUGUAGGGAGUGGAUGAAAAAAUGGGAUAACAUAGGACUAGUUAACAUAGAACAUAGAACCCAGUGUAAGAAUGUCACCAUGCAGUGCAUCCGUGACAAUAAUGAACCAUUGAGCUAGUGGGAACGGGUGAUCGACUGUGAGCAGAGGCUUGGUGGGCUGAUGGACCUGUUUCUAAGCCGUAUCUCUGAACGAAAACUAAAUAGGAUAGUUGCAAUGUGAAAUUUUGUAGGGGGAAUGUGGAUAGGCAAUGUAAAUUAAUAGUGACAAAAUAAUGGAGAUCCAUCGAAAAUAGAAGAGAUAAUGCUUAAACAUUUUCUCAAGUAAGAUCCUUGAAUUAAAUAGGUUUUUUUAAGACAUGACCCAGUCACUGGGCCUGUACUGUGGAGAGCAGUAAGUUGGUCUGCACAAGCGUAUAGGGGAGGUUUGUUAAUGCAAUUCUCUGGGUUAGAAACUUCAGUCGGGUGAUCAGACUGGGGAAGCAGUAAUUGGAGCAAAGAGGGUCAAUAGAAGAUUUAAUUGAACUGGUCAAAAUGAUCAAGAGUUUAUUAGAGUGAUUAAAUACAAACUGAAGAUAGACAAAAGUGCUGGAUUAGCUCAAUGGAUCAGGCAGCAUCUCUGGAGAAAGUGGAUGGGUGACGUUUCGGGUUGGGACCCCUCUUCAGAUGAAUGAGUAUGUAGAAGUGUCUCGACCUGAAACGUCACCAAUUAUUUUUCUCCGAAGAUGCUGCCUAACCCGCUAAGUCAUUCCAGCACUUUUAUCUAUCUUUGGUAUAAAAAAAGUAUCUGCAGUUCUUUGUUUCUACAUUUAGUGCAAACUGACUUCAGUGGCAAAAGGUCAUAGAUUUUAAGAUAAUUGCCAUAGCAACCAGAGGUGAGGUGAGAAUCUUGAGUUUUACGCUGUGACUUGUAAUGUGGAAACUCAGUCUGAAAGUUGGAAGUAGAUUCAAUAAGAACUUUGAAAAAGGAAAUGGAUAUGAACAUAACGGGAAUUUGAGCUCUGUAGAGAGCGUGGAGAUAUUGGAUUAUGAGCUGGCAGUGACAUGGUGGCCAAAAGAGUUUGAGGUCCACAUCGUUCCAGAGGUCAGAUCUAGAUGGUCUGGCAUUUGCCCAGUCCCUAUACUCACCAGACAGACAGCAGAUCCAGACAGCUGAUCUUCACAGUCGACUAAGCCACAGCUGGUGUAUUCCAUGCUACCUGCCAACACAAUGUCUGACCAGCCUUGACAGAAAGCUUUGCCAGCUGUCAAAGUUGUGAUGGGUUUUAAGACCUUUAAAUGUCUCUGACAUUCAGAGAUAAAUUAAUUAAAUAAAAAUUAAAUUAAUUGCAAAAUUGGUUUGGGGACAGCUCUGCCCAAGACCACAUGAAAUUGCAGAGAGAUGAGCAUGUAGCUCAAUCCAUCAUGCAGACCAGACUUUCCACCAUUGAAUCCAGAUACACUUCAUACCGCCUCAGGAAAGCAGCCAACAUAAUCAAAGUCUUGCCCAAGCCUGGUCUUUCCUCCUUCUCCCUGCCCCUGUCUGGCAGACGGUACAGAAGCUCGAAAGCAUGCAUCACCAGACUCAGGAACAGCUUCUUCUCCUAUGUUAUGAGGUUUCUGGAACAGUCCUUCCAUAAGCUAGGGUACUGCCCGAUUCACCUCGACCCUAUUGUGGACACGGUACUUUGUGUAUGGAACUACAAUGCUGAGAACUAUAUUCUGCAUUCUCUAUCUUCCCCUUCGCUCUGCCUAUUGUACUUGUGUUUGACUUCAUUGUAUUUAUGUAUAGUGUUAUCUGAUCUGAUUUGAUAAUAUACAAAACAAAGCUUUUCGCUGUACCUCGGUACACGGUGACGAUAAUAAGUCUAAUCCACAAGUAAUUUAAAAGUAAUAAAAUCGACCUUUUGCGUUGUGGCCACACAGGCCAGGAAUGAAACCAAUGGAAUCUCUGACACAGACAUUGCUGCUGAAUUCUGUUCCAAGUCCUGCAGUGGGGAACGGUGUCUAACCUGAACCAACCCUGUCGUUGAGCUGUUUAUUGGUUUUUUUUAAGGGAACUUUACUCCCUUUCUGUAUCCCAUCGCAACAGGAAGAAAUGAAACAGUGCUUGAAUAACUUAACAGGUCAGGCAACAUCUGUGGAGGAAAUGGACAGGCGACGUUUAGGUCCCUUCUUCAGAUUCACACUGUUGCCUCCAUGGAUGCUGCCUGACCAGCAGAGCUACUCCAGCCCUUUGUGGUUUACACAAGAUUGCAGCAUCUGCAGUUCCUUGUGUCUCCAAGCUGAAACAGGAGAUGGCCACACCAGUCAGAUAAUUCAUUGAUUCAUUCAUCAUCGUUGAAAACAUUAGCGACGCAGUGGUGCUGGUUUCCGAUGACGAACGCACCACACAUCUCUGUCCUCCAGUUCCUGCGGACUUCCGCCGCUAGAAGUAUGUGAUUUUGGUGGGUAGGAUUUUGUACUCACCAGUCUCUGGAAAAAUAACUUGUCAUGCACAUCACCUUUAAACAUUUCCCCUCUCACCUUAAAGGUUGCCAUUUAGUAUUUGGUAUUUCUACUCUGGGGAAAAAGGCCCUGACUGUCUUGUCGAUGUAUGCUUGGCACAUUUUAUAUACUUCCAUCAGAUCUCCACUCAACCACUGGCAAUGCAGAGAAAACAAUUCGAGUCUGUCCAUCCUUACCUUGUAGAUAUUACCCACUAAUCCAGGGGCGAUCAUAGGUGGUAUAUAAUACGUAACAUUGCAGUAUGUCCCAUGGAACUUCACAAGAAUGGUUCUUUAGCAAGAUUCCACUCAGUAGAAACAGAAGGCUCACUUAAGAGCGCAGACAGAAGAUCGAGGCUGUUUCACCCUUUGUUACAAGGUGCUCAAUUGCCCAAUGGUAGGUCGAACACAAAGUGCUGGAGUGACAACGCAUCAGGCAGCAUCUCUGGAGGAUGGAGAUGGGCGGUGUUGCAAUUUAAUAACUCAUUUCAAAUGUUGCUUCAGCUCAUAUUUUGUUUUGCUUAAUAAAAAAAAUAGUUAAAU